AUGCUCUUCAAUAACAAAGCGAGAUCUGGAGCCAUUUUCACCAUAUGGAUGGCCUGUAACAGAAGAUUACUCACCAAGGAAAGAAUGAUGAAAUUUGGCAUGACAUCAGAUGGUAUAUGCAUAUUUUGUAGCAUGCAGGAGAGUCUAGACCACCCAUUCUUUGAAUUUGAUUAUACAAAAGUCUUAUGGGAACAGGUGUUGGCUUGGCUAAGUGAUAACCAUAACUCGGGUGGUUGGACUAUCGAGCAAGGGUGA